CUGCCUGGACCGAUACAUUCCUUGCCCAUAAAAGUUGCACCACUGAAAUGGGGUUUCUUGCCUGCAGCAGAGAAGAGUUUGUAAACAAGAACUUCCGUGCAAUAGAGGUAUAAAGGCGUGUGAAAUUCCGACGUCCACACAACAAUCUCGACAGGAUUUUCCACAACUGAUCGUCGUUCUCAACUUUGGAAAAGAAAUAAUACCAUGCAGAAUAUCAUAGUAAUCGCAACAGUCUGGUGCGCACUGGCGCUCCACUUCUGCAUUUCUGCACCCGCAACGACCGGCUGGGACGACGCUACAACAACCAUAACGGACCAUCGGCAGUACCGUAGCUACGAAGAUUACGUUUACGGAGAAGGUGACGAAGGCGGGAUUGUGGAAAACGCUCCAAACGACUCGUCCUCUACGAUUAGCUCCCACCUCAUCUUGAGCGCUGCAACGGGACAAUUCGUGGCCAUCACAAAGAGUGGAAGAGUCUCGGGCAAUAACCCCAUAGAUCGGCUCGUCAGCCAGUUCUACAUUCACCGCCACGUGCACAACGGCAGAGAGCGCCUGGCCAUAAAGUCGGUGAGAUACAGCGACAGAAACUGGUACCUUACGAUCAAUUCGAGAGGGAAAUUUCGUGGAGAUAUUCCAAUGAAUGGAAACGAGGUGUUCGAAGUGGAGCCCGUUUCCAACGGGGGUUACUUUGCUCUAAGAGCCGUCUACCCGCAGAACAUGACACACCAAAUGAGCAACACGAUGCAGAAUGGCUCAAAAGAGAGCGAAAACUCUACAGCCUCAGGUUCCGGGGUGGGAUCGGGUGCAGAAUACGAAUCGAGACCCGAGAAUGGAAAUGUAACCAUGACACAUCAUCAAGAGGGGUCUGAUGCCAGCAACAUAGCUGCACCUCAACCCAAGUGCUACCUCGGAUUUUCUUCAGAUGACGCCAGACCGUCUUGCUAUGAUUCUAGCAAUUACGUUGAAGUACACUUACAGUUCAGAGGUGCCGUUCCAGCAAAUAAGUGACUAUUAUAUUCCCUAUUUCAGAGCUAUACUAUCACACGAAACUCCAUUAGAGCAGAGCCAAUCUACUUGUUCACAGUCAUUAUUUUGAUUUAGAGAGAUGGCAUAUAUUUUGCAGUUUUUAUUGUUUCUCAUUUUGUAGCUGUGCAGGGCGCAGGAUAACCAACAGUAUAUCACUUUGACCAUGACACAAAAUAUUUUCAUGUCAAAUAUUAUAUUUUUCAUGCAUCAUGAAUAUUUUUUACUCUGCAUC